CUGGCGCAAAUCCUACGCAAGGUUUUAUAAAUGAGGCCAAAGUGUAUCAAAUGGUGUUGUGAUGCAGAAAUGAGCACAUACACUAAUCUCAAACUCAGAUUUCACAAAUCGUACCUGUAGCCGACACUAGUGCUGCUCGCGGGUCCUCUUCAACACACGACACCGUCUACAGACGUUCAGGUUGACAGCAACGUACUUUAUUUCAAAGCAAAGUUCACAUUAAACGAUGCUCAGUGCCGUGCGCUCUCGUCUGCUGCCCGGCUCCUCGGAGCACACAGUUUUCAUCAAUGAGUGCAUCUGCUUUCUGUCUCUCUGCUGGCUGAGAGGACCGAGGGAUGAUGAGCAGAAGGUUACAGCUGUGAUAAUUAAGUUAACUAAGUUCCCCUGAACCUCUCCCACAGAGCUCUCUCCCGCCGCCGUGGACCAGAGAUGAGCAACUAAGGAUUGAGCUACAUUCAACCCAACGGGGAGCUUCCAAGAAAUCAGUUCAGGAGAAUCCUUACACCAUGGAAUAUCAAAGCUUGCGCUUGCAUCCCUCCCAGCUAGGAGGGGGUGAGGGUUCCACCUGGACUUGUCACCAGUCAAUUGCAGUGCAGACGCAGCAGGGCUCCAGUGAAUGGACCAAACUUGACCCUGAGGUGAACUGUGCGGAUGCAGACGAUGCUCCAACUUACCGCUUGCAGUCUAAAGCAGGAAACUAUGAAUGCAGCGUCUCUGGCUUGCGCUGGAUCUGUAAUGGAACGGUCAGUUUUAAGUACCAGUUUUGUUCCUGGGAGGAACACAUGAAGAGGAUGAAAAGCCUGCAAUACAUGCCUGCAGGUCCCCUGAUGGACAUCACAGUGGUUACUGGGAGGUUCGAUGAAGUGCAUCUGCCACACUGGAUCUGCAUCGAAAACAAUCACAGAAAAACAAACAACAAGAUAUUGGACAAGUUUGCAGUCCUGCACAUAAACGACUGUGGAGAUGAUGUGGAAAAAGUGUCCCAGGUCACAUCGUCCCAUGUCAAGCUGUCUGAGCCUGUUUUCUCCCCAAGAGCGGUCCUGCUGAGAAUGGGCAUUCCAGUGAGAAUAAACUGUAACGUGUUGAUAUAUAAGACCAACACGGCCUUCCUCACGCUCCAUGUGUACCUGAUCCCACGUGAUCCGGGUCUGCAGCAGGAAAUGGACAGGAGGCAAAUAUCCGAUGGAUACAAAGUCAUUAAAAAGCCACAACCAAAUACUUCUCUGAAAAUGAACGAUCGUUUCAUCUUAACCGCAGUUUUAAAGGGUGCAGAAAUUACUCCUGAGGACUUAAAGCUUCGAUGUGGCAGCAGCCCAAAUUUCUACGAGGUCUACAGUCAAAAUCCAGACACAGACUUUGAACUCGUGCUCAACCAUAAAAAAGACCAUCAAACAGUGUGGAAAAGGACAAUUCGAAAAGAUGAAUACCAAAGCAUUGAUCAUAUACAUGCUGCGACACCCUCAGCCGGAGCAGCUGGUGUGAACACCACGGCACCAGAUGGCAGCGCAGAGAAACACUUUGUGGAUGAACACAGAACUGCGCUGAUCGACAGAGUGACCAACGUUGCAGCCAUCUUGGAUGACCUCCUCGAUGGAGAAGUCAUCUCGAAGGGGAGUUAUGAGGAAAUCAUGGCUCUCUCUACCAGGAGGGAUCAAAUGAGGAAGCUUUUCUCUGGUCCCCUGGACGGUUCUGGACGUGCCGGCAAAGACCUCUUCUACAAAAUCCUCGAGAAGAAGGAGAAAUUUCUCAUGAAAGAUCUUCAGAAAAAGGAGUGAAUGUUCAUUCAUUUUUAUCCCAAAUAUACAGUAUAACUGGGCCCAUUUACAAAAAUAACAAGGGGAAUGUUUAUGUUAUCGCCAUGUCUCUAAUCUUCAAACGACUGACCUCCUGUUACAUUUAAUUUACUGGACAUUUGUACGAGAUGUGGUGCCUCUUCCACAUGAUUAAUAAUGAUCAAGAUAAUUCAGGUUUGACAAUCAAUUGGAAUGUUUAUCAGACGAUCACGUGAGAAAUGAAUUGGAAUGGUAAAAUAUAAUGAUGCCAUAAUAUUUUGUUAGAUUAAUGUCUAAAGCUAAUCAUGACUUCAGCUGUGAGGAAAUUCCACAACGCCGGCUGUGUGGGAACCUUCUGAGCAGAAGAAUCUCAGAGCACCUCUCCUCUUUGAUCCCAUUUGUCUUUGCAUAACAAAGCUGCGUGGACAAAGGAGAAGGUGUGAAUUUCUCCAGCCUCAGUCCUAUAUCUAAUCAAACAUACGUUUUAACUGCCUUGUGAGUCCUCGUUGCUGCCUCCGGUGUUAACCCUGUCAAUGUAUAAAUAUAUCUGUGCUCUCAAACAUAAAGAAGAAGCUUGCCGAUGCCUGUCUAUGUACAGCUGUUGUAGACUUCUUCCUUGCGAGAAAUAAACGGAAAAUACAACUUUGA